CCCGGUCACCGAGCUGCCCCCGGCUCUGCCACCAGCGUCCCCCAGCCCGCGGAUGAGGGAGCGUCCUGCAGCAGCUGUGCCACCUGGGAGAGACACCUGUGCCACCUGGGAGAGCCACCUGUGCCACCUGGGAGAGCCACGGCCAGACUGUGAGUGCUGGGGCAGGAGCUUGCUGGGAACACGCUGUGGCUCCGGGCGUUCCUUGGGUCUUCAUGAGGGCCAGCCCUGGAGCCCAGAGGGACACACGGUGCACGGGAUGCUGAGUCUGGCCUAGUCCCCGAGCCCAGCACGCUGUGACAGCUGCAGGGAGGUCGGCGAGGGCUCUGCCACACCAUCCCUGAGCCAUGCUCUAGGAAGCACUGGGACCAUGAAAGGCUUAGGAGACAACAGAAGCCGCCAUCUCUCCGAAAACCUGGACUCCCCUCAAGACUCUCUUUAUGCCCCCCAGGACAGGAACCCUUAUCUCCUCAGCCCUACCGACUCCUUCACCAUGGAUCCCCGAUUCCCGGCCCAGAGCGCCGUCCACGGCGACUGUCUCCUUCCGCUCAACAACCAGAUCUCCAACAGCAGCACUUUCCCCCGCAUCCAUUACAACUCCCACUUCGAGGUCCCGGACGACAACCCUUUCCCCAGCCACGCCCAAGCCACCAAGAUCAACCGCCUGCCUGCCAACCUCCUGGACCAGUUUGAGAAGCAGCUGCCCAUCCACAGGGACGGCUUCAGCACGCUCCAGUUCCAGCGCAGCGACGCGAAGCACCGCAGCGAGAGCCCGGGGCGCAUCCGGCACCUCGUGCACUCCGUGCAGAAGCUCUUCGCCAAGUCCCAGUCUCUGGAGGGCCCCACCAAGGGCAACGUGAACGGGAAGAAGGGGGCGGAUGACGCCAAGCAGAACCGGAGGAGCAAGAGCAAGGACCGGGCGAAGACCUCGGAGCCCAAGCGCAGGACCAGGUCCAACAUCUCGGGCUGGUGGAGCUCCGAUGACAACCUGGACAGCGACACCUGCAGCUACCGCAACCCCAUGGGGCUGAUGACGCUGGGCCGGCAGCCCGACCACAGCCAGCCAAAGUACUUCAUGCACGCCUACAACACCAUCAGCGAGCACAUGCUGAAAUCCUCCAAGAGCAAUAACGACCUCAAGGUCACCCCUUGCACCAAUAUCCCCAUCAACAACGACUCCAACUACAUCAAGCGGGGCUCCUGGUCCACGCUGACGCUCAGCCAUGCCCGGGAGGUGUGCCAGAAGGCCUCCGCCACCAUCGACAAAGCCUUGCUCAAAUCCAAGUCCUGCCACCAGGACUUGGCCUACCACUACCUGCAGCCUGACGCAGGGCUGAGGGCACAGCUGGGUGGCACGGGCCUGGCCAGCAGCUGGGCAGCCCCACCGCUCGGCUGGGAGGACACGGGGCACUGGGACCAGCCCCUCAGCCCCGGGCCGACCGACGCAGGCAGCGCCCAGGUGCCUCACGGGGAGUGGAACAGCACGCUGUCCCGGGACAAGGACAGCGAGAUCCCGUGCCGGCGCAUGCGGAGCGGGAGCUACAUCAAAGCCAUGGGGGAUGAUGACAGCGAAGACUCAGAAACCAGCCCCAAGCCAUCCCCGAAAACUGCAGCUCGGAGGCAGAGUUACCUCAAGGCCACCCAACAGUCCCUGAGUGAGCAGAGCACCACACAAAGGAGCCUGGACCGCCUGGACUCUGUCGAGAUCCUCCUACCUCCGAAGUUCCCCACCUGGGAGGAAGAAUACAACCAGAUCUCUGACAGUGUCAACGAGUCCAGCUGCAUCAACCAGAUGUUUGGACCCCCCUCACUUAUCCCUCAGAUAUUUACCCAUGGAGAGCAGCCCCGCGAGGCCGAGUCGGCGGCCGCGGAGGUGCUGGACCUGCCUCUGCCCAGCUACUUCCGAUCCCGGAGCCACAGCUACCUCCGCGCCAUCCAGGCGGGCUGCUCCCAGGAGGACGACACGGGCUCCGUCCGCUCCAUCUCCCCGCCGCCCGCGGGCAGCCUCAGCGGCAGCAGGACCCUGCCCACCAACAGCAGUUCAUCAUGCCUAGUGGCAUAUAAAAAGACUCCACCUCCCGUCCCACCUCGGACCACGUCCAAGCCGUUCAUCUCUGUCACUGUGCAGAGCAGCACUGAGUCGGCGCAGGACACCUACCUGGACAGCCAGGACCACAAGAGUGAGGUCACCAGCCAGUCAGGGCUCAGCAAUUCCUCAGACAGCUUGGACAGCACCAGGACACCCAGCGUGACCAGGGGCAGCGUCGUGACUCCGGCCAGAGACACUCCAGAGUUACCUCAGAAAAAUGCAACUUUGAAAAGUGACAAAGGGACUCUAACUAACGAAGAGCCUAAAGCGGAGAAUAUCCCCAAAAGAAAGCUAUCAUCAAUAGGAAUACAAGUUGACUGCCUUCAGCCAGUGGCAAAAGAGGAGCCUCCUCCACCAGCCACCAAAUUCCAGUCCAUCGGGGUGCAGGUAGAGGACGAGUGGCGAAACAGCCACUCUCGCAGCAUGUCCUCCAAACAGGACACAGACUCUGACACACAGGAGCCCAAUAACUCCAGCUGUAAAUCAUCUGAGAGAAGCCUCGCUGAGUGCCCCCAGCACAACAACUCUGUUGGUGUUGAUGCCUCCACCAGGCAACCAGCCAAGCCCUCACAGAUUAAGAGAAACCUCUCCUAUGGAGAAAACAACGACCCGGCCCUGGAGCCUUCCUCUCUCCCUCCUCCUGACCCCUGGCUUGAGAGCUCCUCCACGUCGCCGUCGGAGCCGGCGCCGCCGGGGCCCUGCCGCCGCGACGGCUUCUGGUUCCUGAAGCUGCUGCAGGCAGAGACCGAGCGCCUGGAGGGCUGGUGCCGCCAGAUGGACCAGGAGACCAAAGAGAACAAUCUCUCUGAGGAAGUCUUAGGAAAAGUCCUGAGUGCAGUGGGCAGUGCACAGUUACUAAUGUCACAGAAGUUCCAGCAAUUCCACGGCCUCUGUGAACAAAACUUGAACCCUAAUGCCAAUCCCAGGCCCACAGCCCAGGACUUGGCUGGAUUUUGGGAUCUCCUCCAGCUGUCCAUUGAAGACAUCAGCAUGAAGUUUGACGAGCUGUACCACCUCAAAGCAAAUAGCUGGCAAUUGGCAGAGACACCGGAGAGAAAGGAAGAGAAGAAACCACCCCCUCCAGUGCCAAAGAAGCCAGCCAAGUCCAAAUCGCAGCUGAGCCGGGAGAAAGGCUCCGACUCGGACAAGCAGCGGCAGGAGGCGCGGAAGCGGCUGAUGGCGGCCAAGCGCGCGGCGUCCGUGCGGCAGAACUCGGCCACCGAGAGCGCCGACAGCAUCGAGAUCUACGUCCCCGAGGCCCAGACCCGCCUC